CCCCGCCGCCCGCCUUAUAAGCUGCGCGGCGAGCUGAACGCCGCGGGCUCAACUCCAGGCGGUUUGGGCCGUGACGCUCCUCGGCGAUCUCCUCCCUCGGCGAGCCCGCGGGCGGGCGCCCCUCAGCCAGGAAAGCCUGUCACACUGGUGGCUGAUGCCCAGACUGGACGACCACCCCUGGAGCGGUCCCUGCGCUAAGGGCGCGAAGCACAGAAGCCACCUGAGGGCCAGUGCCAGAGGGCUGGAGGCCAAAGUGGGAGAAAUGAUCACCUCCUCAGUGUCAGGCCCCUCUCCCCUGGUGGCCCACAGUGCCCGGGGCGCUGACCCGGCUCACGGGCCCGGGAGCGCUGCUGUGGGAGGCCAUGGCAGCAGCGGCCACAUCACCAGCUGGCAUCACCACCUGGUGCAAAGGAGCCUGGUGCUGUUCUCAGUGGGCGUGGUCCUGGCCCUGGUGCUGAACCUGCUGCAGGUCCAAAGGAACGUCACCCUGUUCCCUGAGGAGGUCAUCGCCACCAUCUUCUCCUCCGCCUGGUGGGUUCCCCCGUGCUGUGGGACAGCAGCUGCUGUCGUCGGCUUGCUUUACCCCUGCAUUGACAGUCGCCUUGGAGAGCCACACAAGUUUAAGAGGGAGUGGGCCAGUGUGAUGCGCUGUGUCGCAGUUUUUGUUGGUAUCAAUCACGCCAGUGCUAAAUUGGAUUUUGCCAAUAACGUUCAGCUCUCCUUGACGUUAGCAGCCCUGUCUUUGGGCCUUUGGUGGACAUUUGACCGUUCAAGAAGCGGCCUUGGGCUUGGGAUCACCAUCGCCUUCCUCGCCACUGUGAUCACUCAGCUGCUGGUGUACAAUGGUGUCUAUCAGUACACGUCCCCGGACUUUCUGUACAUCCGCUCCUGGCUCCCGUGCAUCUUCUUCUCGGGAGGUGUGACCGUGGGAAACAUAGGACGACAGCUAGCCAUGAUUGGGCUGACUGUACAAGUGACUCCUGGAAAACAGUUCACCUGUUUUAGAGCAGCAGACCGGGAAGAUGACCACUUGUGUUGAGAUGUCACCUUGCCUGAUGGCAUUCACGCCUGGGUCUGCUCAGGAGGCCCCAAGUGCAGGCCGGCCGGCUGCAGGGUCCCGAGGAUUCGGUUUCAUGUGUCAUUAAAAGCAAGUUGCCGUAUUUCCAAGCCUUGAACUAAAGCCUAACUACCAGCUCUGGUUUUGUAUCAGCGCCCAGGGGAGAGCUCGAUGGUGCUUACAAAGAUGAAGCGUGAUAAAAUAGGAAUAUUACUUACCCAAAAGAUCUCUAAAACAGGGUUGUGUAGAGAAAGAGAAAGGCAGGGGCGGCGAGCGUAGGGUGGCAGUGCCGGGCGCCCGGUCCCGCAGCUGCGCACGUGUCCCAGCGUACGGCCAUGCUUUUCAUUCCUCCGUGGAGUCGCAUGUAGACAAUCUUACCGAGAGCAGAAGGCAAUGAGAGGUCAUCGUUCUGCACUGUGAUGUGCUGGAAUGUCCACCUCAGUAUUUAUGCAGUUUAUCCAGAAUCCGUAAUCGUCUAGGAGGGGCACCUGCCUGCCGUGUGUCUCAGUCUUAGUGAGCCAAAAUCGUGUGUUUCUUUGAUACUCCAGAACAGAGAUGACUGUUUUUUUCCCACAGCCCUAUGGGAUUUGCAAUCUGUGAUUGCCUUGUAAAAAGAAGAGUGCGUAUGUCACUGUAUUAAACAUUUGGUGUUUCUAAAUACUCAAAGACGUGGUGAGCACAAUGUAUUCAUUUAAUGGCAUAGACCAUGUUUGUUAGACCCAGUUUGCAAGUACUGGGUCUUCAACUUCAAGUGCAAUGUAUAUGAAAACCAACCUGAGCCUUGUAUCCUCUUAAAUAUUUAUUUUUUUAACGUAUGAGGUGUUACAGAGGGUUCUCCAUUUCAGUGCUGCAUGGGGGCAAGAUUCAGCAACAGCCCCUCUCAGUUGUGCAGUUACUUCGUUGCUGUGCUCUCCACUGAGCCGGUCCUUUGAAAUACUCCAGUUUUGUGCGUUUAGUAAACUUGUAAUUUUUACUCACAAAUUUACCUUUUUGUAUUUUGCAAUUUAAAUGUUUUGGUUGUUUUACACUCUGUGAACAUGGCUGGAUGAAAAGACUCCUUCCCCCUGAGCAGCUGGCGGUCAGAGCCACUGCCAGCAGCCGUGGGCUGUGCUCUCAGCUCCCCUCACGUGAUGGUCCUCGUUGCAGUUGGGUUUUGUUUUGAGGAAAAUAUCCUGGAGUAAAUUUUAGGUUACUGUAGCUAAUUUGUUUUAGAGGAAUUUUGUUUAAAAGAAAAUAGGAUCAUUCUGAACUUUGCAAUGACCCCCUUACACAUUUUUCUGAAAUCACACAGCUAUGUGAAAAGAGUUUUCAAUGAGGCUAUCAGCAUUUUAUGAAAAACCAGAAGUUAUUAGAUGAGAGCAGGCAUUGAAUCUUUCAAAUAUACUUGAUCAUGCACAGUGAGUAUUUUUUUCUCUUAAACUGGAAAUAAAUCUAUACCUGUUAGAAACAAUGUAGCCAAAAGAUGUGAAUCUGAAGAAUUUUGUUGCCGAUACUUUAUAGCGAGUGUAUGAACCAAAGCCAUCUGAGUCUGUAGAAUGUCAACUAGUGUGAACACGCUUUGCACUACGCCAGGUUUGAACAUUAGCGGGAUCCACAUUCACACCAAGUUUUCAGCAUUGUGUUCUUUUGCAUUCAUUUUUUACUUUUAUUAAAGGUUCAAAACCAGC